AUGAGUCUGUCUGUCUAUCUGCUGCUGUUUGCCGUGGCGUCGGUGAUGGCCAGGAGUGUGGCACCUGCAGAAAGACAGGGUGAAGGCUUCAACAAACCACCAUCCCGGAUCAAACUGGAACCGUUUUGGAGCGGGGACCAGCUCAGAACCCAGGAGGAGUUCUACGGCCCCAACCAGGACACCGUCUCUGAGCCGGGGCAUUCUGCCGGGCCGGAGGUUCUGCUGGACCUGGACCAGCACCGACGGCUGACCCGCAGCACCGAGGAUGAGGAGCAGCAGUCCACCUUCAGCCAUUCAUACGAGAAUGAUUCAGUCCCGACGCCGCAAGCCACAGAGUUCACCAGCACAACCAAAACCGCUGAUGGUGGGGUCCAUAACACCUCCAGUCCCGACCCGCCAGGACUCUUCAACCCCUUCUACCCACUGGUGGAGAGCUCCUAUUCGGCCUACGCCAUCCUGUUCCUGGCCGGUCUGGUUUUAGCCGUGGGCGUCGUGGGCAACAUGGCGGUCAUGUGCAUCGUAUGGAAUAACUAUUACAUGAGAUCUGCGUGGAACUACCUGCUAGCCAGCAUGGCCUUCUGGGACUUCCUGGUUCUGGUGCUAUGCCUUCCUGUGGUGGUCCUCAACCAGCUCUCCCAUAGGAGGAUCCUGGGAGACAUCACCUGUCGCAUGGUGCCUUAUAUGGAGAUGACAUCACUGGGUAUCACCUCAUUCUCUCUCUGUGCUCUGGGUAUUGACCGGUUCCAUGCGGCUACCAGUUCUUCCCAGCCGAAGGCACGGCGGGUGGAACGCUGCCGCUCAGUGUUGCUGAAGCUGCUGCUGGUCUGGCUGGCCUCUCUGGUUCUGUCCAGUCCAGAGGUGUUUCUGUGGCAGCUCAGCCAGGCCGUGUCUCCCGCCACAGGGCAACUGGUGGAUUCAUGCACCAUUACCCCCUCCUCCCCCCUCUCCCUGCACCUCCCCGACUCCCUGCACUCCUUACUACUCAGAUACUACCAGGGUCGGAUGUGGUGGUGUUUUGGUUGUUACUUCUGCCUCCCCGUCAUCUUCACCAUCCUCUGCCAGCUUGCCACCUGCAAUGUCAACAAUGACUCCAGCUCCGCCCACAAGCAGCGUGGGCAUGACGACCGCUCCUCCAAUCAGAAGCGAGAGCAGCACCAGGCGGUGGAGCGCCAGCUGAGCUGCACGGUGCUAGCGCUGGCCGUGGUGUAUGGCGUGUGUGCUCUACCCGAGCAUGUGUGCAACAUCACGCUGGCAUACACGCACAUCACGGUCUCUGAGGACACAGCGGCCAUGUUGGUACUGUUGCAUCACUUCCUGCUGUUCUUCAAGUCAUCGGUGACGCCAGUGCUGCUGCUGUGUCUGUGUAAGGCUCUCGGGCAGGCUUUCAUGGACUGCUGCUGCUGCUGUUGCCAAGAUUGCCAACCAACCACAACACAGGGUUCACCAGGCCCUGCCCAGGUCAAGCUGCAGACAACCAGUGAGAUGGCUUCAUCCUCCAUCUUCUUCGACAAAGCGAAAGAGACAUCGGCCAUCUUGUCUAUCUCCAGCUAG